AAGUUCCCGCGCGUCCUUGGAUCAAACUACGAGGAAGUUCCUUUGCCCCAUCGUGGAAGUAUUCGCGACAGGGACUCUGGACAGUGGAAUUCACCUGUUGUGGUCGGAAGUCGUUUCCCUUUUCUCCUGUAAAAAACCGCUGGAAAAAGAAGUCAUGGAGAUCAAGUUUCCCCGAGCUUACUGGCUGCCGUGGGUGUUCGUGAUAACUAUCGUGACGUCUGUGUUGACACUAUACGCGUGGAGUGUGUUGCUCAAAGAUGUUCCUGCUUUUCUUCCAUACGUCAGUGACGCCGGUGGCCACGCACCUCAGAGCGCACUUUUCGGGUUGGCUCUUCUUGUAUGCGGUUUCUGUGCUAUGACAUCAUUCCUGAUACGCUACGUCUCCGUGAAAGCUGUAAACAGCGAGAAACCACGAGGAGUAAUCACACUAAUGAACUAUGUGUCCCUCUUCAACGCUGGAUUGACCUGCUUGGGCAUGGCCAUGGUCGGCACGAACCCAGUCAGCCACUUAAGACGAGACGGGUCCUGGAGACUGCCAGUGCUUCUCCCUCAUCUACUUGGAGCCGGAAUCCUAUUCGUGAACGCCUCUUCAUACUUCCUCAUCCAAACGUGUUUCGUGUGGAUGUUGGGCCACGACAAAAAGAGAGUCUACCUCGGAUAUGCGCGAGCUGCUUCGAGUCUAAUCAGCCUAGCAGGCUCCAUUCCACUUGUUGUGUUCGCACCUUACAACGACCUGGAAGACCUGCGGCCUGUUCCCGAACACGGUACAUUGUACAAGGGAAACAGUCCGUGGUCCGCGUUUGGUGAAUGGGUCAUGAUCCUGGGCCUUCUCUGCAACGUUCUUACGUUAGUGCCAGACCUGAAACGUGUCCGGGUCUCACUCCACGUUGAAAAUGUCGAAGAUCUUCACGAGAAAGACAACACAAAUGAAGUCCACGAAGUGAUGAAGUUGUGACUGUGAUGAAGUUGGGUGCUUUAGUGGCGUGUGACAUAGAGUGAUUUUAGAACAAUGAAGACCAGUUGAGUGCCGUGAGUCUCAGGUAGACAGCAUGUUUUCAUAUGGGUUUUUAAAUUAUUUUACGCAUGUGAUACUGGAUUUCUUUGUAUGUGUUGUGGUUCUAGCGAUAUCAUACGAAGCAUUUGGCACGGAAUGUCGGAAGAUUCAUAGAGACAGGCGUUAGAUUAAUCGUUUUUCGAGGGCCCUUGGCUUUGCUUCUUGGGAACACGUACGUCAAUGGCUAAUUCAAGACUGGAAAAUUGAUCGGCCGUUUCAGUUACGGCCCAGAUCAUUAGUGAUUGUCACACCAGACACAAACGUAGUAAUUGCUCAUGAAGGCAGGAGUCUUAUAAUUUUAGUUUGAGAAGUUACAAAUAAUUAUUAGUGUUAGCAGAGUCUCACAGUCAUGGUUUUUAGUGUGACAUACACCAAACAUUAUGUAAGACAAUGACAGUGCCUAUAUUUCUGUGUAUACUACUACAAUACUACAUGUACAAGUUUCGAACCUUUGUCAGGUGUACACAGUGACAUCUUUAUUAUCAUAUGUACUACCAACAAGUGCCUUGUCGACAAGUGUAGGAGACCGUCCAUAAUUUUAAAUGCUCAUUUUACUUCUUGUGUUCACCUUGUGUUCGCUGAACCAUCAUCACCUUUUGAUGUACUUUACAAUUGUACUUGUAGACAUUGUAAAUAUACUGUAAAUUAAAUGUACAUUCGAAGCGUUGGA